GCGGUGCUGUCGCCAUCGGAGUGAGCUGCGCGGCGGCUGGAAGUGGCUGUGAGGCGGCUACUGGGAAGGAGGCUGCGGCUGCGGCGGCGGCGGCGGCGGCGGCGGCCCGGGUGGCAGAAGACGCGGACGAUGGCAGACUUUCUGAAAGGCUUGCCCGUCUACAACAAGAGCAACUUCAGCAGGUUCCACGCGGACUCUGUGUGCAAGGCCUCGAACCGCCGUCCCUCAGUAUACCUGCCGACCCGAGAAUACCCGUCAGAACAGAUCAUUGUGACAGAAAAGACGAACAUACUCCUGCGGUACCUGCACCAGCAAUGGGACAAAAAGAAUGCUGCCAAGAAGAGAGACCAAGAGCAGGUGGAGGCGGAGGGCGAGAGCUCAGCGCCACCCCGCAAGGUGGCCCGGACCGACAGCCCCGACAUGCCGGAGGACACCUAGGUCCUGUGCAGCGCCCCUCGUCUGUCAGCUCUGUCCGCUCCCACCCGCGUGUGUAAGCGCGGUCCGCCUCCUACUUCCAGCCCGCGCCCUCCGACCUCAUAGGAUCCAUGUAUUUAUUUUCCUUGAGUUUUUAUUUAUGCUGUAACUCGUGUCAAGCAUUGGUUAAAGGGACACCAGGCCCAGCCGCGAGGUAUCAGUACAUGCUUUUUAAAGCACAGUGGUGCCCCCCCACCCGGCCACCCACAGCGAGACCUCGCCAGAGUCUAGAGCCCAGGGCGGGCUGGUCCCCCAACACACCGAGCAGCGGCCUUUCGCUCCUUCCCACCCACAGGCCUGGCCGGGUCGCAGGUCCUCUGGGUCCUCCUGUGCCCAGGCCUCACUCUGAGUCCGUGCCAGGGCAGGAAAGAGCUGGCUCCUCUGGAUCUUUCUUUUACAUCAUUUAUCAUGGACUAGCCCGUGCUCCACGUCCACCCCAAUAAAAGGACCUUUCCUACUCCACAUGGCGUCUUUGCUCCGCAAACUUUGACCGGAGCCACUGGGACCUGUAGGAACCAACCCCUGCCUGGGGUCCUUGGGGCCAGGUCCCCUGGGAGACUGAGCCCAGGAUAGUACCACGGGGCUAACCAACAGCCACCCACCACUGGGCAUCAUGUGCAAGGCCCGCCAACCUCCAGCACUGGUAUCCAUCUGGCCACUCAAGAACAUUGCAGGGCUGAGGUGGCCACAUCAUCAUUGGGAUAUGGGGGAACUACCAGGACUGGUAAAGUGGCUGUGCACCCUCAGCUGUAGCAUGGUACUUACUGCAAGGAUGGGGUUCUGGGGACCCUGCACACUUAUGAAGGCUAACGGUGUCUGUGUUCACCGGAGGCCAUUAUUAUUUGGCUGUGGCCCUACUGACCUGGGCCUGGUAUGGGCCCUAGUAGCAUCUCAGCCACAUGCUGUGACUAGGCAACUGCCGCCAUGCCCUAUUAAACCCCGGGAUGCCCUGGCCAGAAUACUCCAAGGUACCGUUCCUGGAGCUGCUCCCUGUGUCUGCCUCUGAAGGCCUCUCCCUUUCAGAUAUACGCAGAAGUUUCUCCCACUCUCAGGUCUUGGUCUGAAUUCCAACUGCCUUCCUAUGAUUGCCUUUUGCUGUGCUACUACUGUGCAUUCUUGGGAGUGUCACCUGGACCACCCAGGUUCCUGCAGGUGGGCCAUAUGACCUGAGUCUAGGCUCAGCAGGCUGCUCCCGGUGCAGAACCUCUGUCCUGGGCUCCCCUAUGAGUGAACCAUGCUCAUGUCACAUCUGGCUGAGGUGUGGAGUGCCAUGUGUAUCUGGACCUCCUAGAGGCCUCAUUCUGGGAGAACUAGGGUGCUCAGCCUCCAGCCACGGAUCUGGCAAGGCCCCUUCACUGCUCUGACCUCGAGCACUGUUGAAAUAGACAUUUUAUUGCAUUUCUGCCGUUUUACAAAAAUAUGACAAAAUAAAUUAAAAACAAAUAAAUAACCGCC